AUGGUGAAACUGUGCGAGCCGUCGGGGGUUCCUCUCAGGUCCGAGGCCUUCCUCGUCUCCAAGGACCAGCCCGAGGCUCUUAAGCAGGCAUGCGGUGGCAGAGCCGUCAGCACCUUCUGUGCCCUGACCGCCCAUAUCUGGAAAUGCGUGUCCACCACUCGGCCCAUGCCGCCGGACGCCACCACACGCCUCACCUUCCUGGUCAGCAUCCGUCGCAAAUUGGCGCCGCCGCUCCCGACCGGCUACUUCGGUAACGCAGUCAUACGCGUGGGAGUCACCAGCGAGGUGCGCGGCAUCGUCUCGGAGGAGCUCACCUCCGUGGCCAGCCGAAUCAAGGGAACCAUCAGGCGGGUUGACGACGAGCUGGUCCGGUCGGCAAUCGACUACUUCGAGCUGGCGGAGAGGGACAGCCGGCCGGCGCAGGGCAGCUUGCCGAUGACUGAGCUGAGGGUGGUCAGCUGGCUUGGCAUGCCCAUCUACGACACGGACUUUGGAUGGGGGAGGCCGGUGAUGAUGAUGCGUGCCGAGUCUGAGCGCGGCGGCCGUGUCUACAUGAUGGACGGUGACGGGGACGGCGACGGCGGCAGCGUGCGCAUCAUCAUGUGUCUCGAGGCAACAAUUAUCAAGGAAUUCCACGACAUGCUAUAUGCCAAGUUUAGCGACCUAAUCCGGUCCUCACUGUGAGAUGUAGUAUGUCUAACUAUAUACAGUACGUCUCUCUCUCUGUGUCCACAUGCACUCUCUCCUUUAGCCUAGCUUGCA